AUGAGUUCAAGGAGCAAAGCAUGGUUAGUGGCAGCAACCAUCGGAGCCGUGGAGGCCUCGAAAGACCAGUUAGGACUAUGCCGGUGGAAUUAUCUGAUCCGAUCUGUGAAUCAACGUAUUCAAAACAAUGUGAGAUCCGCUGUUCAGGCGAAUAGAUUCUGUUCGUUGUCCACAGCGGUCGUUGCAUCUGGUAAGGAUAGUGACAAGGCGAAGCAAGCUGAGGAGUCUCUCAGGACGGUCAUGUAUUUGAGUUGUUGGGGUCCUAAUUGA